CACGACUUCACACUUUGUUUUUUUUCUUUUAAGUGGAGUCACAUUUAUUAUAUUGGAACUAGAUUGAAUAAAUAUGCGUCCCAGAAUUCAGCUGAAGGUUGUUAGAGAACAGAUGAAAUAUUUGGAAGAACCAAUUCAAUUGAUGGAGCCUGUUAUUGGCUUGAUGAAAAAUGCAUUGGAAAAAAGUAAGACGUGGAUGGAAGAUAUAAAUGACAACCCUUCUAUUACAUACAUAGAUCUUUGCCAGGAACUUGCAUCAGCAACCACGGCCUUGUUGGAUGUAGCUUCAAACAUUUUAAGCGAUAAUGAAGAGCUUGUCGAUGUUGAUGGUAGCACGCCAUCUUUAGCUCAGUCUACUCUAGAGCCUACAAAAACAGAAACACCUGACCAAAGUGAAUCAAUAAAUCAAGUGACUAAACUAGUUAAAAAUCAAGAAGAAGUAGUAUUCACUCGACUGGGACUUUUAGAAAACAGAAUAUCUUGUCUAGAAAGUUCAAUACAAAAAACUAAAGAAGACGCGUCAGAAAUAAAACAAUGGAGAAAAAACUUUGUAACGGAACAGAGUGACAUUGAACAACUGACUAAAAAACAAAAGCAGAAUUUUAAAAAUCUCAGAAAACAAAUGAGUGAGCAAGAUAACAAAAUCAAGGAGCUGAACAAAGAAAUUGAAAUUUUAAAAGAAAAUGAAUCCAAGUCAAACAUAACACUAGAGAAACUGUCACUAGAUAUGAAGGAAUAUGAAAACAACUUACUUAAAAUAAGUAAAGAGUUGCAAGAUCACACAGAUACAACUGAUAGUAUAACAGAAGAAAUUAAAAGACAUUCAGAUCAGAUGUCUACCAUACAAGAAGAGAGUUCUAAAAACAUGCUGAAUACAUCAACUCAAUUAGAAAAGCAAAGUUUGAUGUACAAACUCCUACAACAAAGGUUGAUGCCCAUUGACAAACUGAUUCAAAUCUUUAACCAGAACUUGCAAACAAGGGGAAAAAAAUUAACAAAGCUGGAAAAUAUUGAAGAUACUAUUUCAAAAUUGUCCAAAGAUUUCAAUCUCAUUAGUAAAGAUAAACAUAUUAGAGUUGGUGUGUGGGCUGAAGGCAUGUUGUGUACGACUAUAGAAGUGAAAUGUGCCGACACUAACGCUGCUGGGUCUGUGGUUGUUGACAUGAAGAAAGGUCAAGAACUUUAUUUUCAAGUGUUGAAAGCAGAUCAAAACGCAGCUUUAUCCAACUACAGUAGUUUUACCAUCGUUGGUUUAUAG